GCACCAAAAGCAAAAGGCGCCAGGAAAAGGCCGGAGUACAGUGCCUGCCCAGUAGUUGCUAACAACACUGUGCACAGCCUAAGAAAUUCUGUCGGCAGAGAGCAGCACCCUUUCUCUUCCGGCCCUGCCCUUGCCCUGCUGCCUCGCUCACCCCUUCCUUCCCUCUCUCCUCGGACCAAAACCUCGUUUUCUCAGCCCCCCGCCGGGAAUAUUAGGACAAACAAGAACACCUACAUUAAACCCCUGAUCCCACAUUCUGCUUGCAACCUUCAUUAACAAACACCAUGACCACCACCACCACCACAAACUUCUUGCUGGCCAUUCUAGUCGCCAUUUCCGCAAUGCUGGCCACUGCAGCUCCGCUCCACCUCAAUUUCGACCCACAUUGGUACCCCGCCACCGCUACUUGGUACGGCAGCCCCGACGGCGACGGCAGCGACGGUGGGGCAUGUGGGUAUGGUUCACUAGUGGAUGUGAAGCCAUUCAGGGCAAGAGUGGGAGCGGUGAGUCCGGUGCUGUUCAAGGGCGGAGAAGGCUGCGGUGCAUGCUACAAAGUCAAGUGUUUAGACAGCUCUAUAUGUUCAAGAAGGGCUGUUACGGUUAUCAUAACGGACGAGUGCCCCGGUGGAUAUUGUUCCAAUGGUCGCACUCACUUCGACCUUAGCGGUGCUGCCUUCAGCCGCAUGGCCGUCGCCGGUGACGGCGGCCAGCUCCGUAAUCGCGGCGAAAUCUCGGUCAUUUACCGGAGGACUCCGUGCAAGUAUCCGGGUAAAAAUAUUGCCUUCCAUGUAAAUGAAGGGUCAACCGAUUAUUGGCUUUCUCUCUUGGUGGAAUUUGAAGAUGGAGAUGGUGAUAUUGGUUCGAUGCAUAUAAGAGAGGCAAAUUCAAAUCAGUGGCUACAGAUGACUCAUAUCUGGGGCGCAAAUUGGUGCAUUAUUGCAGGCCCUUUACAAGGUCCAUUCUCAGUAAAGUUAACCACGCUAUCGACCGCAAGAGCCCUCUCAGCAAGAGAUGUGAUUCCAAGAAAUUGGACUCCCAAGGCCACUUAUCCUUCUCGUCUCAACUUCUUUUAGCCGAAAUCACAUUUUUAGCUGCCCAUUUAUUAGUCAGCCAAAUGACUGAAUAUUUGGAUACCUCUUCUCCUAUAGUAUAACCCCUAUAGCUUUUUCUAGUAGUAGCUCCCAAGCUGGUUGUUUUUUUUAAAAGAAGAAGAAAAGUAGCCGUUGGAGCUCAAGAUAAAAGCAUCCAAGGCACUUUCUUUCUUUUUUCCCACUUUUUGCCUCAUCUGUGUCUGUUGAUUGGCUGUGAUAGUUCUUGAAGGAGCGGUUGGUUAAUUGAGCGUUGGAGCCCCCCCUCCAAAAUGAAAGGAGAGAGAGCGGUCUCUAGUUUUUAUGUAAUUGUGAUUUUCAAUGUGUAAGCUCCAAGAAUGUGGGUGAAAUGAAAUCUUUGUUCAGUGA